GGAUUUGGACGAGAGAGCGCUCGUAAAGCUUAGUGUAGAUGCGCAUUGAUUAUGUCUUUCGGAUAGCUUGAUCAUUUACGAGUGGCAGAUGUAGCUCGUCCGCAUUCAGGAAACGGCGCAGAUAAAGGCAGUUGAACCAACAACGAAGAUCGAUUCACCCGGCGGUUAAACUGUGGGGUAACCGCGGUCAAUACUGGCCCUUUUAUCUAGUUUUAAAGUGAUAUACUUUCAGUGUUUUGUAUAUUUUGUAUUCGAGUUGAUAAUGCUGGAUGGUCGAACUGAUGAAGUUCACAAGAGACAUUUGCCGACUGCUGGGUAUUGGAGGCGAUGGGCCAGGUGAGCAGGAGGAGAUGGAGCGGGGAGGAGGAAAAGGAGGAAGAGGGGGUCCAGGUCCAGCCGCGGGUGGAGAGGUCCUGAGUGGGGAGGAGGAGUUGAGUGAGGAGGAAAAGACCAGAAGGAGAGCAGAGAGACGCAGGGCUAAGAGAAAGAGACAGAAAGAACGAAAGAAACUGGAGAAGGAGAAGAGCGCGGAUGCUGAGCAGGAGGGAGAAGCGUCAGAGUCUGAGAGUGAAAGUGAGGAGGAGGAGGAGGAGAGGGUAGUACCUCCUGCCAAGAACAAGCCCACGCCUCCUCUCACUGUGUCUGGGAACAAGAGCAACCGCCAGCCCCCUGUCAGGACCCCAGAGGAGGAGCCAGAGUGGGACAUCCGCAGUGCGUUUGUGGCCAACGCUGCCAGUCACAUCAGACCCAAAGCCAGGACCAGUGCAGGCCACGCCUCUAGAGAGAACAAGGAGAACGAGUCUAGGACCAGCGAGGUGGAGAGUUCAGACCCUGUGAAGAAGAAGGGAGCUUCACUAACAGAGAAGGGUAUUCAGUUGUUUAAGCAGGGCCAGUACUCUCAGGCUGUGGACAUGUUCUCUGAGGCUAUCCACUGUGACCCCAAAGACCACAGGUUCUUUGGGAAUCGUUCAUACUGCUACUGGUGUCUGGAGCGCUACCCCUCUGCCCUAUCAGACGCUCAGAGGUCCAUCCAGCUCGCCCCUGAUUGGCCAAAGGGAUACUUCCGCAAGGGGAGUGCACUGAUGGGGUUGAAGCGGUAUGGUGAGGCAGAGGGGGCCAUGCAGCAGGUGUUGAAGCUGGAUCAGGACUGUGAGGAGGCCUCUAUUGAGCUCUUCAACUGCAAGGUCCUGCAGCUCUUGGAUCUGGGUUUUGAAGAGGGGCAGAGUCUGUUGCUGUUGGAGAAGUUUACCACGGUGCAGGCUGCUCUCGGCUCUCCUGAGGCUGACAGAGUGGUGGACCUCUCCUCCCCUGAGGACUCUACUGGAAUCUUUCAGGAAAAACUGGACAUCUGCUAUGUAACUGAGAGUCUCCUCAUUGAAACAUCUGAAGUUCUUCAAAGGUCCCCCUGUCCCUCUCUCUGGGUGGGGAACGUCACCGUGGACCUCACUGAGAAGCACAUAUGGGACCUUUUCAAAACGUGUGGUGAGAUAGAGAGUAUCAGAGUUCUACAUGAGAGAUUCUGUGCCUUUGUCAACUUCAAGAAUAGCAACAUGGCCGCUGUCGCCUUAGAGAGGCUCCAGGGUGUGGAGCUGGAGAGCACCAGGCUGGUAAUCAGGUACCCAGACCACUGGGUCCAGAGAACCCCUCCAUCUCCUCAGAGGACCAACUCUAUAGGCCUCAACACCUCCUCAGCCUCCCAGUACGCCUCCACAGGGACCAGGAGGAUGGCUCCCAUCAAUGGUGACGAGUGUUUCUUCUGGAGGACCACCGGCUGUUUCUAUGGUGACAGGUGUCGCUUCAAACACAAGCCUGACCAGAGAGGAAGAGACAGGAAACCAUGGCAACCUUGACCACCACGCAGGGACUGGAUAGUACAGAGGGAGGAGAAUGAUGAGGAUGAGGGACUGUGUCCCUACUUUAAAAGGGAAAAGGAGGUUGAGGGUGGGGGCGGGGGUGUCACCCCGUUUGUAGUCCUCUGGCACAGACCACAGAUCCCAGACAGAACACUAGCCAUAUAUAAUGAGUGUGUGAAGUGUCAAUCAAAGUGAAGAGGAGUGCACCUCUGAUUUCCUUCCCCCUCUCCCUCGGCCAGAGCUGUGAAACAUGGAAAUGACAUCAUCAUUAGAACUUGAAGGGAUCUUUGCCCAGUGAACCUCCUCUAUGAUGACCAUGUUGUAGACACUAAGGGGGAUGACAUCUGUUGUUAUCAUGUGUUUUACUGUGUAUGUAUAUAUGGUCAUGUGACUGGACAUGUGACCCCUUGUGAUGUCAUUGUGAGACUCACUGCCAGCCUGAUGCCAUAGGGUGCCUAGUAAUUGUCCCUACAGGGGAUAAAUAAACAAUGCUUUUUUAAUUGAA